CCAAAGCAUAGAAAGUAAAGUAUAUAAGGUGUAGUUUGUUGAGAGUCGGUUUAUAUUUUCCCAAAGAGCAUGGGGAUGGGGUUAAGGGCUCUUCCCUUAUCACCUGCUUUUCCUGCUUCUAACUUCACUGCUUCAAAACAAGCCACCCUCACUCCCACCAAUUCUUAUUACAAAUUCAGAGUGUAUUCAGGGAAAACAGAGAAGGGUAGCAAAGAAGAUGAAGAUGAAAAGCCCAAAAUAAGGAAGCAGAGUUUGUUUGAAAGUGUUACAGAAGCUCUGGAUUUUUCUCAGGUUAGAUCAGCUGAAGAUGCACAGCUUAUUGAAGAUGCCCGGUUAGCAACCAAAUCAGGAGAGAAAAUGAACAGGGAACAGUAUGGCGCUCUUCGGAGAAAGAUUGGAGGGACGUAUAAAGAUUUCUUCAAAUCUUAUGUUGAAGUUGAUGGUGAAUAUGUAGAAGAAGGGUGGGUUGAUAAAACAUGUAAAGUGUGCAAGAAAGACACGAGGAAUGAGCCAAGGCAAGUGGACAAGCUUGGAAGAUAUGUUCAUGUCGCAUGCUUGGACAAGCCUAAAUCUGGAAAUUUUUUUACUAGGCUUUUUUCUGGUUAAAGGAAAACUACAUAAUAGUCAGUUAUAAUAUACAUUUUUGGUUGGAAAUGUUAAAAGUAUAUGUCUUGAAAUAUCUUUUAAAUGAUUGUUACCUUCAAACAGAUUUCAUACCUUAUCGUUUACAGUUUAUAAUCUGUGUGUUUAGUGUUGCAAUUAAAUUUGUGGAUGGCCAAAAGGGGAUGUUUUGGUUGGGGUUUUCUCAUAUCUGUAUAUUUAUUACAAUUUUUUUUUGUGGUUA